AUGGGAUACGAAAAGGAACGUCGGAUCGCCGAACUCGCUGUCCAGAGGGCCACACUUCUCACUAAGAAGGUAUUCCAUGAAAAAGCCAAGGGAGAACUGGCCAAGGACGACAAGUCCCCAGUCACCAAAGGUGAUUUUGGCGCCCAGGCUCUAAUCAUUCAGGCCAUUGCGCACAACUUUCCCAACGACGAGAUUGUUGGAGAAGAAGAGUCAAGCGAACUGAGGCAAGACACUGCUUUGCGGUCAGAGAUCUGGGACCUGGUCAAGGACAUCAAAUUGAAUGAUAGCGCCAGUGAUGCACUCCUCGGUGGCCCGUUGCCAAGUGAAGAAGCGAUGCUGGAUAUAAUUGAUAAGGGCAAUUCUCCCGGUGGACCCAAAGGCCGGAUUUGGGCACUGGAUCCUAUAGACGGCACAAAAGGCUUUUUGAGAGGAGGCCAAUACGCUGUGUGCCUUGGUCUGAUAGUUGAUGGUGACGUGAAGGUAGGUGUCAUUGGAUGCCCUAACUUGCCUGUUGAUGAUGCCACGUCCCUCAGUGCGGAUAUUGGUGGCAACCAGUCAGAUGAAGAAGGCAAAGGAGUGUUGUUCUCUGCUGUCCAGGGAGAAGGAGCCAUCAGUCGGCCACUUACAAGCGGCGGCCUUGCACCCAGUAACCCUAUUUCGAUGCGUCCAGUGCCUGAUACUUCUAAAGCCGUGUUUUGCGAAGGAGUAGAAGCUGGUCACUCGAACCAAGGCGACAAUGCUGCAGUUGCGAAGCGCCUUGGUAUUACAGCGCCGAGCGUCAGAUUAGACUCUCAGGCGAAAUACUGCUCAAUUGCUCGAGGCGCCGGAGAUAUCUACCUCCGAUUGCCUGUAAGGAAAGAUUACCAGGAGAAAAUCUGGGAUCAUGCCGCUGGAGACCUUCUUGUCCGCGAGGCUGGUGGUCAGGUCACUGAUAUCUAUGGCAAGCGUCUUGAUUUCAGCAAGGGUAGAACAUUGAUUGAGAACAAAGGAGUAGUUGCUGCUCCUGCUGCUCUUCAAGACCAAGUCAUAGAGGCCGUCCAGGUUGUAUUAAACUUAAAAUAG